UGCUGAAAAAGCCUGGUUUUAUCUUUGUUAAAAUUAUUUUCAGCAGGCUUGGUGAAGAUGUAAACCUAAUGUAUUUAGCCUUGAGAAUCUUCCAAUUAGGUAUGGUGUGGUAUAAAUUUCACAUAAGGAAGCUCCCAAAUAAUGCAUAAAAUGUGCUUUCUUUCUCUAAAAGUGGGAUGUCAGAAGUUUGAACUCACCAGAAAUGAAGGAACUAAUUCAAAUAAAUAUCUCUGCAUAGUUUCUAGUAUGUUUCCCUACUAAUGGAAAGUAAAAAGAGUCUGGAUGCCCCAUAUCCAUAUAAGCACCUAUUCUGUGUAAUAUUUCUACCCUAAUAUGUCAGAACCCCAGCAUGUGAAUACAAAAUUCUUCUUCCCUUCAAACACUUUCCUUUAUAAACAAAGCAAGCAGGCUAUUCUCUGCUUGAUUCUUCGCUAUCAGAAGCUUCAUUCUCAUCAGCAUCUGAGCCACUAGCUUCAGAGUCGCUGGCGUCUUCUCCAGAGCUGCUCUCUGAGUCCUCCUUCUUCUUCUCUACAGCCUUCUUUUCGACUUCCUUGUUCUCAGCAGGAGCUUUCGUUUCAGGCUCCUUUGAUUUAGUAUCUACUGUGGCGGUUUUGGUCUCAGUGGCUGGGGCUUGGCUGGGCCCUUCGCUUUUCUUAGCUUUGUUAUCCAUUCCUGGACCACCCCCUUGCACGCUCUUUCUAGUUGCUGCUUGGUUUUUGUUUGCGUUAGAUCCACGAGUGUUGGCCAGCUUCUUAUUCUUGUCAGCUUUUUUAGCGUUUGAUGCAUUACAACCCAUUUUUCUUUCUGUUCUUUAAAUUAAUAUUAUCUUGAUUCAAAA